GUCGGGAUAAGUAAUACUGUUAGUUCUCGUCCCCUACGCCCGCCUUCCGUCUCCCUCCGUGCAACAAAUCUGGCGCUCGAAGACGACGACAAGGGCUGGGAUCGGCUAUUCAAAUCCACGUCUUCAUCAAGGGAAUUCCAUCUCCGAAAAGGCAAGAUCAUUGGCCUCCUGAUCCCUCCCGAUCCGUGUCCUUCUUCUUCUUCUUCCCGUUCCGUUCUAGAUUUGGAACAGUCGUCCUGGGUUUAUUCUGUGAAUGACACACUUCUGAGGAUUGAAACGGGUGCAAUUGUGCUAAGCUGGAUAUAAGUCGGUGUUCGUUCAAGGAUUGGAGUAGGUUGGACGAGAGGGUUUUCGGAAGGGGAACGGAGAUGAGAGGGUGGCAAUGACUGGAGGGUCAUUGGGUCUACGAUCCGGGAGUUAUGGAUCACUGCAGCCACAGCUGCAGAACGGUGUUGCUGUUUUCCCGACUCAGUUGCCGCCCAUCUUGGUCCGUAAGACUUCGAGAAUGUCCCUUUCCGGAUCAAGAGAAAAGGAGAGGAUUUUGCCGAGGAUUUUCAAGUUUGCAGGAAGAAGGAAGGUUGGGAUGUUGCUCUUGCUCGUUGCCUCAGCGGCUGUGCUGUCAUUCAUUUCUGUUGUCAGUAAAGAUGAAGAUGCAUCAGCGAGCCCCGAGUCUCGCAUGGGUUUCACUGAUCACGUCUGGAAGUUUGUAAAUCCUGUUAGACCGUCACGUAAUGAUUUCAGCCCUCCCUUUAUUCCUGCAAAAGAAACCACGGUGGAUAGCACUUCCAAUACGAAUCAUGAAUCUGCAACUACCCAUAAUGUAACACAGCUUUCUGUUCCCAUUCUUCCUCCAAUGCCACAUCCUUGCGAAAGUUUCUCGCUUCCUCCUCCGCCAGCUGAUAAAAAGCGCACUGGUCCACGUCCAUGUCCUGUUUGUUAUGUCCCUGUAGAGCAGGCUGUACUUCUCAUGCCACCUUCGCCGUCAGCAUCACCUUUUCUUAAGAAUUUAAGUUAUUUUUCAGAAGAUAACUUGAUUGCCAGUGAGUCAAAUGGAGGUUCUGUCUUUGGAGGAUAUCCAUCUCUGCUUCAGAGGAACGAAUCUUUCAAUAUAAAAGAAUCAAUGAUGGUGCACUGUGGAUUUGCCAAAGGAAAGAAACCUGGUCGAGAGACUGGAUUUGACAUAAAUGAAACUGAUCUUCUUGAAAUGGAGGAAUGCCACGAUGUCGUCGUAGCCUCUGCCAUUUUUGGAAAAUAUGAUGUAAUGCAACAACCGAAGAAUAUUAGUGAAUAUGCAAAAAGGAAUGCAUGCUUUUACAUGUUUGUUGAUGAAGAAACUGAAUUGUACAUAAAGAACUCCAGUGGCCUGGUUGAUACCAAAAGAGUUGGUCUAUGGAUAGUGGUGGUAGUUCGAAACCUUCCUUUUGUAGAUGCAAGGCGAAAUGGGAAGGUUCCAAAACUUCUGCUCCAUAGGCUUUUCCCAAAUGCCCGAUUUUCUCUUUGGAUCGAUGGAAAACUUAAGCUUGUUGUGGAUCCUUAUCAAGUUCUUGAGAGAUUCUUGUGGCGGAAGAAUUCCACUUUUGCAAUCUCCAAGCACUACAGGCGCUUUGAUGUUUUUGUGGAAGCAGAGGCUAAUAAAGCUGCUGGAAAAUAUGACAAUGCGUCCAUAGAUUAUCAAAUUGAGUUUUAUAAGAAAGAGGGUCUGACACCUUACUCUUUAUCCAAGCUGCCUAUUACAAGUGAUGUCCCUGAGGGAUGCGUGAUCAUCAAAGAGCACAUACCAAUCACCAAUCUGUUCACCUGUCUGUGGUUCAACGAAGUUGACCGUUUUACCUCUAGGGACCAGAUCAGUUUCAGCACAGUAAGGGAUAGGAUAAUGUCUCAAGUGAAUUGGACGAUCAACAUGUUUAUGGACUGUGAAAGACGCAACUUUGUUGUUCAGGAAUAUCACAGAGACCUGUUAGAACAACGUAAAGCACUUGCAUCCUUGAUCUACCCACCACCUCCUGUAGUGACUAACGAAUCACCUGGAGAAUCACUUCCGGGAACUCAUCCACAAAGGCUGGCAAGAGGUCCUCCAUCAAAAAGGCUCCCUGGUAAGAUAUCCACGAGGCGUGGGCGGGACAAAAGAUCGGGUUCCAGACGACAUCAUCCUCGAGCUGCCGCUGGAAGAGACAACAGUUCGAUCUGAAUUCUUUCAUGAUUCUUUUUCAAGGUUCCUACAGUAUACUAAUCUGCAGGGUCUGCGGAAUCGGGACCAGUGCCUUGCAGAGGAGCAUUCUUGAGCUUAAUGCUACGUCAUUAUUAUUUCGUAGCAACUGUCGAUAGCAAUUCAUAUAUUUUAUUUUGCUACAGAUAACCUACUGAUUUAAGAAUAAAUAGCAUGUUUGUUUCGUUUAAAUGUUUUUUACAACUUGAUGUACUCAUAGACCAUGAAUACACAUACCGAAUUCUUGUGACA